AUGGCGACGUACAGCAGUCUUACAGCUCUGUUUCCAAUUCAGAGUGAAUUAGAUUGCGCCUUAGAAGACGCAACAACACAAGAAGAGAAAGAAAAACUGGUGGAUGAGUAUCUGCAAAAGUUAGACGAGAAGGAAGAUUUGAAGAUUCCAGAUUUUGAGAAAGGACUGGAAUGGCUGAAUACCGAAGGGCCUCUAUCUCUGCAGGGGGAGCUGUCAGGAAAAGUGGUGGUUCUGGAUUUCUUCACCUACUGCUGCAUUAAUUGCAUGCACCUACUGCCUGAUCUACACCAACUGGAGCAGCUUCAUACUGUUAAAGAUGGCCUGGUUGUGGUAGGCGUUCACUCUGCAAAGUUUCCCAACGAGAAGGUUUUGCAGAACAUUAUCAGUGCCGUACUGAGGUACGGCAUCACCCACCCGGUGGUAAAUGACAGUGAUGCUCGGCUGUGGCAGGAGUUAGAGGUGUCCUGCUGGCCCACACUGGUGAUUCUGGGUCCUAGGGGCAACCUUCUUUUCUCUCUGGUGGGUGAAGGUCAUCGAGAACGCCUCUUCCUUUUCACUGCUGCUGCUCUCAAGCAUUAUGAAAAGAAGGGGCUGCUUCGAGAUCACGCUGUGGGAAGAAAGCUUCUCAGGGACUCUCUGCCACCUUCCAUCCUGUCCUUUCCAGGAAAGGUGGCGGUGGAUCAUAAAAGCAAAAACCUGGCCAUUGCAGAUACAGGACACCACAGGGUUCUUGUGGUGUCAGGUACAGGGCAAGUCCUAUACUGUGUAGGGGGGUCUAGAAGUGGAUGGAAGGAUGGGGAUUUUUCUGAGGCAUUGUUUAAUUCUCCUCAGGGAGUGGUCAUCAGAGGAGACACUGUGUAUGUGGCUGACACUGAGAACCACCUCAUCAGAAAGAUUGAUCUGUCGAAAAGUAGAGUCUCAACUUUAGCUGGCACUGGAAUUCAAGGUACAGAUAAGGUGGGUGGAGCAGUGGGUCUCCAACAACCAAUCAGCUCCCCCUGGGACAUCAUACUUGGCACUGCAGGUGGUCCAGAGGAUAAUGUGUUAUGGAUUGCAAUGGCAGGGACACAUCAAAUCUGGGCUCUGUUCCUAGAGGAUGGGAUGCUGCCCAAAGGAAGUGAGUAUAAAAAGGGGGACUGUGUACGCUUUGCGGGCAGUGGAAAUGAAGAGAACAGGAAUAAUGCGUACCCUCAUAAAGCCGGCCUGGCUCAACCAUCAGGCUUGACCUCUGCUCAUGAACAGCCAUGGAACUGUCUGUUCAUCGCUGAUAGUGAGAGCAGUACCAUUCGCAGCCUGUCUCUGAGCCACGGAGCCGUCAAACACGUGGUGGGAGGUGAAAGGGAUCCACUGAAUCUUUUUGCCUUUGGAGAUGUGGAUGGUAAGGGGGUGGACGCUAAGCUUCAGCAUCCAUUAGGAGUGGCUUGGGAUUCCAGUAAAAACCUGCUUUAUGUGGCAGACUCUUACAACCACAAGAUCAAGGUCGUAGACCCUAAAUCUAAGCAGUGCAGGGUGCUGGCAGGCACUGGGAAAGCAAGCGACAAGUUUGAGGCAAGUUUCACUGAGACUAAUCUUAAUGAGCCUGGAGGACUCUGUGUGGCUGAGGGGGGCAAGCUGCUCUAUGUAGCAGACACCAACAACCAUCGCAUUCAAAUGUUGGACUUGGAGACCAAAACUGUCUCUCAGUUCCUUAUUUCAGUGGAGGAUGUCGAUUCUGUUCAUACCACUGCUCCUGUAGUGACCAGAAAGAUUCCCAAGCUUCCCAAAUCAGCCCCGGUGCUAAGUAUGGCUGCACUGUCUGUAUCAGCUGGACAGGUCAUCAACAUGAACCUUAGCCUGACUCUGCCUGCUGGGACCAAACUGACCAAGGAGGCCCCUAGCUUCUGGAUUCUCUCUGCUGAAGGUAAUGAGUGGUUACUGCAAGAACAUGCUGUGACUGGAACCAUCGCUGACCUCGUUCAGCCACUCUCAAUCACCUGCUCAGUCCCCUCUCAGCCUCUGACCCCUAACGCCACACUGACCCUCAGCGCCUGGGUGUACUGCUGCCUUUCAGAAGGAGGAGCCUGCAUGAUGAAGGCGGUAUCAUUCGUCCAGCCUCUGAAGAUCGACUCUAGUCCUAACAACGGUGUGGUAACUGUUAAACUUACACAUGCCUUCUGAAACUACAUCUACAAUUGUGGCAUUAAGCAGAGAAUUCUAUCCAAAGCGACGUCCUAUUAUGACUAAAUACAAUUUGAUCGAUUGAGGGUUAAGGGCCUUGUUUAGGGGCCAAACUGUGGCAACUUUGUGGUGGUGGGGCUUGAAUUGGCAUCCUUCUGAAUACUAGUCCAGUACCAGAACCACUGAGCUACCACUGUCCCAUACCACUUCCAUUAUUUCAGCCUGCCUGUGGAUU